AUGAAUCAAAGUCCAACAAUUUAUGUUCCAGCAAAAAGAACAGACGAGGUUGACUGGGCAAGCCCCCUUAAAAGAUAUAUUCAAACAACAUAUCAAGAGGAUCCAGAAAAAUAUGCAGACGAAGCCAAUGCAAUUCACCGUCUAAGACAGGAUAUGCGAGGUGCUGGUAAAGACGUGACUGGAAGAGAUUUAUUGUAUCGAUAUUAUAGCCAGUUAGAGUUACUUGAUUUAAGGUUUCCUGUCGAUGAGAACCAUAUUAGAGUCUCUUUUACUUGGUAUGAUGCCUUUACACAUAAAGCCACUUCUCAGUUUUCACUUGCAUAUGAAAAAGCGAGCGUAAUUUUUAAUAUUGCCUCUGUCUUGUCGGCAAUUGCUGCUUCUCAAAACCGAUCCGAACCUGAAGGUCUAAAACGUGCUUUCAAUUUUUUUCAAGCAUCUGCUGAGAGAUACACAUAUAUAAAUGAUAACUUUUUGCAUGCUCCUUCAACCGAUUUGAGUCGUGAUACUGUGAAAUUGCUUACACAACUAAUGCUUACACAAUCUCAAGAGUGUUUCUUAGAACAGAGUUUAGGGAAUAAAAAUAAGCCUGGUUUAAUAGCUAAAUUAGCUGCUCAAGCUGGAUGGUCCUAUGGAAACAUUGUCGAAAAUAUGGGUGAUCUUAUAAGUCGAAGCGUAUUUGACAGGAGUUGGCUGACAGUUUGUCAGAUAAAACAUAAAUAUCUUACGUCUAUUGCUCAAUAUCAAAAAUCUCUAGCUUGUGAAAAAGAAAGCAAAUAUGGUGAAUGUGUUUGUCGCCUUAAUAUUGCAGAAUCUUUGGCUAAGGAAGCAAAUAAACUUUCCAACAAUUUUGUGUCGGCCUUCACACCAACUGUGACUCCAACUCUUUCUCCUGAUACUGCAAUUUCAUUACAAGAACUCACAAAGUCAAAUCUUGCACUUAUCACGGAGAAAAAAAAUUCUUCUACGAAGGAUAAUGAUAUUAUAUAUCACGAAGUUGUUCCACAGGAAAGUGUUAUUCCACCAAUAGAUAAAUUAAAUGCAGUUAAGCCAAUGCCAAUACAAGAUUUAUAUGGUGCUAAUGAGAUGCAAAAAGUAAUUGGUCAAGAUAUUUUCCAACGACUUAUUCCAUUAUCAGUUCAUGAAUCUGCAUCUUUAUAUUCAGAGGAAAAAGCUAAAAUUGUUCGUAGUGAAACUGAGAGAUGUGAUGUUUCUAAUGGUGAAUUAGAAGCUGCUUUAGAAUAUAUGAAAUUACCAGGAGCGCUU